UCAGUGCAGCCAUGCAUAGGGUGGUUGGAAGACAGCUCUCCACGUACGUAAAACAAGAGCUAGACUUUUCUAACGCAGCCACUGCUUACCGACGCAAGUCCUUCAGUGAACUAGUGCGUGCUCUGGCCAUUCUGAAAGCCUUCUCGUAUGACAGAGUCGUCGACAACAGUCUCUGGCUCAUGAACGUUGGACAGCGGUUUCUCGGUCCACGGCUGUUCUCAGCCGUCGUGAGACCAACGAUCUACAAGCAAUUCAUCGGCGGAGCGACGGUGGAGGAAAUGCAAGAGAGCGUCGCAGCGCUCAAGGAGGCCGGAGUACGUCCCAUGAUAGCUUGUUCAAUGGAAGAGGAGGAUGAGCACACUGCCGGAACGGACAUUGUGUACGAUAACAACACCGCAACUAUCCUGAAAUGUCUGGAUAUGUCCACCCAGUUGAACUCCGUCGCACCUAUGAUGCAGCUCAAGAUGACGGGCAUUGUUCCUGCAGAUCUUGUGGUUCGUCUCGGUGAAUUUUUUCGAGCUUGUCCUACGCCAGAGAGCUUGGUUGAGGUAUACGCUAAUGCAUUGUCGAGAGGGUGUUUACGCCAAGAUGAAGAACGACUCCUGGUUAUCAAGGACGAUCACCUUUCCAUACAGCUUGCUUUGGAACGUCUGAGACAAAUAGGAGAGAAAUCGAAAGAAGUUGGGGUGAAAAUUCUCGUGGAUGCAGAGUACACUCAUAUGAACGCCGGAAUAAAUCUUCUUGCCUUGACUCUCAUGGCAGCCUUCAAUGAAUCCGAACCACACGUCUGGAACACCUACCAGUGUUACUUAAAGAACGCCACUCAGACACUGCAACACGAUAUCACGGUCGCCAAGAACUUAGGUGUUGCUUUUGGGGUGAAACUUGUUCGAGGAGCCUAUAUGGAUUCGGAGAGACGUCGUGCACGAGCCAUGAAGUAUGAAGAUCCUGUUUGUGACAGCUAUGACUCGACGAAUAAGAGCUACAACAAAUCGAUGUCUUUCCUUAUUGAAAAAGUGAAAAACACAGAACAGCAGCUGAGGUUUAUUAUUGCGUCUCAUAACGAAGAUAGCAUUCGUGCUGCCUUGAAGAGAAUGAGAGAGCUGGACAUGCCCGCGGACCACCCGUCCGUCAACUUCGGCCAGCUCUUGGGGAUGUACGACCAGAUCACGUAUCCACUUGCUGAGCAAGGCUACAAUGUGUACAAGUCCAUCCCUUACGGCCCCAUGGACGAUGUCCUGCCAUAUUUGGCAAGACGCGCAAGCGAGAAUCGAGCAGUUCUCCGUGGACCUCUCAAAGAAAGGCAAAUGUUAGCCAAGGAAAUACGAUAUCGGCUGAAAUUGUCACUUCCUGUGAAAUGAUACUUUAGUGGAAGUGCAAGUUGCGCUAUUAACGUUGUGUGCGCGCAAAAUAAAUGGAAGCAGCAGCCUGUGA